AUGGCGCCUUCGCGAGUCCCAGCUACAACUCUCUUCUCCUCCUCCUCGAUCCUUCUCACGCAGGAGCAGUUUGCGAACCUUCUAAUAAAGCUACUAAUGCCAACGAGCUUCACCAACAUCCAAGGAAUCACACUCAAGACAAUUCCAUCCGCCACCAAGAUCAAGAUAAAGCACGUCCUUGAGUCCCUCUAUGGCUUCGUAGUCGAGAGGGUUCAAACCCUAAACAUGGAAGGGAAGAAGAAGAAGCGUGGUGGCAUCCUCUUUGCAAAACCCGAUUACAAGAAGGCUUACGUCACUCUCAAGACCCCUCUUUCAAUCAACAUGAAUCUUUUCCCGCUCAAAAUGGUUGAAGAUGCCAGGAAGCAGAUAAACAAGAAGAACGUGUCAAGCGUCAUUGAGGACGAAGAAGAGGAAGAGGCAUUGGCUUGA